GACUAGUGUGCCAUCGGAGGGUGCCUAGUUCAGCUACGAACUGAAUGGCAGAGUGAAGAUCAAGGCUAAUAAAUCGGUGGUUCCGUACUACGGUUUCCUCACCUCUCCUACUUAAUUAAAGGACACACUGCAGCCAGGACCGGAGAACAUCUCAGUACAACCCGCAGCAGAAUGGAAGGUGCAGGAGAGACCAAACAUGUCAUCCGUGUUGGGACAAGAAAAAGCCAGCUGGCUCGCAUACAGACUGAUAGUGUGGUGGAAAUGCUGAGCAAGAGAUUCUCAUCUACACACUUUGAAAUUGUUGCCAUGUCCACCACUGGGGAUAAGAUCUUGGACACAGCGCUUUCCAAGAUUGGAGAAAAGAGCCUCUUCACCAAAGAAUUGGAAAAUGCACUUGAGAAAAAUGAAGUUGACCUGGUUGUUCAUUCGCUGAAAGAUUUACCAACCUCCCUGCCUCCUGGAUUUACCAUUGGAGCAGUGUGCAAACGGGAGAAUCCAUAUGAUGCCGUUGUGUUUCACCCUAAAAGAUUCGGGAAUACCUUGAGCACAUUGCCUGAAAAGAGUGUGAUCGGAACCAGCUCCCUCCGGAGAGCAGCACAGCUCAAGAAAAAAUUUCCACACUUGGAGUUUAAAGAUAUUCGUGGUAAUUUGAACACUAGAUUGCGGAAAUUAGACGAACAGGAGGAUUUUAGUGCAAUUAUAUUAGCAGCCGCUGGACUUCGCCGCAUGGGCUGGGAAAACAGAAUUGGCCAGAUUCUGACAUCAGAUGAAUGUCUCUAUGCUGUGGGGCAGGGGGCUCUUGCCGUGGAAGUACGUGCGAAAGACCAGGAUAUCUUGAGUAUGGUGUCUGCUCUGCAGGAUCCUGAGACGGUUCUACGAUGCGUAGCAGAGAGAGCCUUUAUGAAGAAACUGGAAGGUGGCUGUAGUGUUCCAGUGGCAGUGAGUACAGUUGUGAAGGACUCUCAGCUCUACCUUACUGGUGCUGUAUACAGCCUGGAUGGUUCAGAUUCUCUAAAGGAGACAAUGCAGAGUUGCAUCAACUUCCCACAGCAGGAGGUGGAAGGACCCAAUGAUGACGUGCAACAUGUUGGUAUCACAGCACUGGGUGUUUCACACCAAGCUCUGGAAUCUGCAGAAUGUUUAGGGACAGGGUUGGCAGACUUGCUGUUGAGCAAAGGUGCCAAAGAAAUCUUAACUGUGGCACGGCAGCUAAAUGAUUCUAGAUAAUGUAAAGUUAAUUUAGAGAGAAGGAACAGCCAAAAAGCCACUAAACUUGACUACUGCCAGAGGCCUGUGACAUCAAGAAAUAUGUGCUUGGGUCAUUAUGUGCAGAAAAAGCAGGGGCAGAUAAAUUCUUCCAUGAGCCCCAGGCUGAACCCCAUCCCCUUGUACAACAACCCCAUCCAACAACACUUGUCCCCCUAAGAAUUAUGUGCCUUUGGAGACUGCUGAGAUAUACCAUAAGGGGGUUCACCACUGAAUUGAGUUUUAUAUGGCAUUCAAAUACAUAACUUAACAAGCUAAUGUAUAUUUAAAAAGCUCUUUUAUUUUACUAUUUGAAUGAGGUCUUGUUCGUUUAAGCAAAAGGUUGCAACUUUUUUAGGGCAGAAACGAAACAAUCCAUGAUAUUAUAAAAUAGUGAUGGAUCAAUGAUUAUGUAUGUUACACAAUAAAGCUAGACGCAGAAUUAUUGACAAUUGUAUGCUGCUCUGACAAUAGAAUGUUUUGGAUUGUAAUUUUGCACCAGUGUUACUGGAUGAUACUAGGAUAUGUUUCGUAUUUUUUGUACAUUUUCUAUUGUAGCAAGUUAUAUUUGGCUGAAUAUUAAAAAACAAAUUGAUUUAUCAUG